UGCCCCAUCAUUGGUGUCAGUGGGAAGAAUAGUGCCCCAUCAUUAGAGUCAGUGGGAGGAAUAGUGCCCUAUCAUUGGUGUCAGUGGGAAGAAACGUGCCCCAUCAUUGGUGUCAGUGGGAGGAAUAGUGCCCCAUCAUUGGUGUCAGUGGGAAGAAUCGUGCCCCAUCAUUGGUGUCAGUGGGAGGAAUAGUGCUCCAUCAUUGGUGUCAGUGGGAGGAAUAGUGUCCCAUCAUUGGUGUCAGUCGGAGGAAUAGUGUCCCAUCAUUGGUGUCAGUGGGAAGAGUAGUGGCCCAUCUUUGGUGUCAGUGGGAGGAAUAG